AUGUUAAAAUUAAUUCAGCCAAUACUUGAUUGUGCAUUUUAUAUGACUUUUGGAAUCUACUUUUCAGGUCAAACGAAUUACGAGCAAUGUUAUCGAAUAUUUGCAUUAGGUAAAUACCAUCGUAUAUAAUUAGUUGCUAGUUUAUACUACAUACUUUUCUUUCUUCCUUAUAAAUUCAACAAGAUUAACCUAAGUUCUAGAUUAGUGUCAAUUUGUACAGGAGGUAUUGGCAUAAUCAGCUUUAUUCUGAGUGUUUUUCUCAGCUAUGAAGAUGUAUUUUUUGCUCGCUGCUAUUGGACAACCCUUGCUAUAAGUACUGUAAUUGGCACAUACUUGGUUAAAACAAAAAUGAAAUCAGAGUGA